UUAAUCUUGUACUCUUGUAGGGUAUUUGGGGAAAGAGGAGAGUCCUUAGGGUUGUAUAGUCUGUGUGAUUGGUUCGAGGGUUUUCAAGAUGCCAGGGCUUGUAUCUAUCAUUGAUAUCUCAUAAUUCUAGGGUUUACAAAAGCCCUAAAAAAAGAAAUCUCAGUCUCUCUCUCACCUUCAAAUCUCAACAAUGGCGGUACUUUUGCCCGACGAAUUGGUUAGGGAGAUCCUCACAAGACUACCGGCAAAAGCCCUGCUAAAGUUCAGGUGCGUUUGUAAAUCAUGGUGUUCUCUAAUCAGUAGCCCUGAUUUCAUCACUUCAAACCUCAAUCAAACAAUCCGUUUGAACAAAAUCAACAACACUCGUACACAUCUCAUCGCCCAUUACAUCGAUGAGAAAGAAACAGGAGGACGUCGUUUUUCUGUAAAGAUGUAUAACGAAAGACUGCAUAUUAGAUCUCCUAUAGAACUUCACGACCUAAUCCCAAACUGUGGUUCUAAUUUCCGCAUAUUUGGUUCUUGUAAUGGUUUGGUUUGUCUCACCGAUAAUGAUAAUGCCUCUGGUAAUGCCAAUAGUUUGAUUCUGUGGAAUCCAAGUAUUGAAAAAUCUGUGAGGCUUCCAAUGCCCAGCAUUGGCAUUGAUUCGCGUGGCCUGUAUAGCCCGGUUAUUGGUUACGGCUUCGAUGCCAAAACUAAUGAUUAUAAGGUGGUUAGAAUUACUUGCAUUGAAAAUAUUUUUGGUCCGGAUCCAGAUCCUGAAGUUGAGCUUUACUCUCUUAAUAGAGGAUGUUGGAGAAGAAUUAGUGUUGAUGGUUCCCUUAAUCGUAUCCGUUGUACUGCACUUCGAUCUCAGGCAUUUGUCAAUGGGGUUGUCCAUUGGAUUGGACGCGGUAGGGAUGAGACUUAUGAUCAUACAUUCUUGACAUUUGAUAUGAGCAGUGAGGUAUUCGGUGAGAUGGGUUUGCCACUAGGUCCAGUAUAUGGAUGGGUGGUAGCACAGUGGUUUGUUUCAGUGCUUGGGGAGUCUCUAUGUGUGGGCCAUUUUGAUGUGUUGAAUAGAAAUUUUUCAAUGUGGGUGAUGAAAGAAUAUGGUGUUGUAGAUUCUUGGACCAAACUAUGCAAUUCCGAUGUGGAUAGAGGUUUUGGGGGAAGACUACCUAGUUUGGGGGCGAAUGGACUUCUUUUAUUUGGGAAAAAUGAUUCCAUCUUUUCAAUUAACCUAGAGUCUAGACAAGCUAAGAAUCUUGGAAUACAGGUAUCUUGCCUUCCGGACUCGUGCCCUUUUCUGGCCAAAUUUUACUCUGAUACUUACAUGGAGAGCUUAGUCUUACUUAAAGAAGUGAAUCAAGUCUCAAAGGGGCAAGCCAGGUCUUCUAGUGCCGCGGUUACACUAAAGAAGGCUUAUAAUUUUCUUAAAGGAAAGCUUGGAGUUGGAGGAACAAGGAAAUUGCAAGAGACAGUAGGAAGAAGAUAGACGUUCUCACUUAUCCUUGCCUCUUUUUCUGUUUUGUUUUGUUUUUUUGUUUUUUUGUUUCCCCUUCUUAGCAUAGUUUCUCAGUAUUUCUUUCUUUAGUUCCAAUUUAUUGCAAAUGUUUUCUGAUUUUAGCUUUUCAUGAAUAUUGAUUCCGGCAUUGCAUCAAUAAACCUCUAUUUUAAAGUUAUGAUGCAUUUUACUCGAAUGAUAUUGAUUAUAUUUUACGGGUUUUGUUCAUUCAUGUCUGAUGUUUAACUUGUUUGAUGACUUGCCUUAUUCUCUCUUUAUCAUUAUUUGCUAAGGGACAGGAUUUUAUAUGA